AUGGCUUUCUCCGAGAAAAACAUAACAGACAACCCCAACUCUAAACUUCGCAUAGCAAUCGUCGGCGGCGGCCCAGCUGGCCUCGGAGCCGCAAUCGCACUCUCAAAACUUCUCGACGUCGAAAUCGCCAUCUACGAACAGGCGAGGGAAUUGAGAGAAAUUGGCGCGGGCAUUCGGAUCGGGUAUAAUGCCUGGAGAGUGCUGGAGUUGUUGGGCGCCGCGGAGGGUGUAAGGGGGCAUCAUAAGACGUCGAUUGUGCAUCGGAACGGCAUUACCGGAGAAGUCGUCGGGACCAGUGGCCCAUCUCCGGUUCCAUAUCGAUACCAACCGCGUCGAGUGCGGAGGACUCGGUUGCAAAACGCCCUCCUUGCCAAAGUGCCUUCGGAGGUUCCGAUCUAUCUCAACAAGCACGUCGUCGGCAUCGAAAACCUGGAGCAUGGUGAGGUGCGUGUGUUCUUCCGAGACGGCACGCAGGCGACUGCCGAUUUGGUGGUGGGGGGAGACGGAAUUCGAUCGUCUGUUCGUGACAGUAUAUUUCCAGAUCACAAGAUCAGAUUCACAGGCACGACUAUUUGGCGAACUCUGAUACCAGUGCACACGAUCGCUCAUAUUCCCGAACUGACAUCUUCGACAUCAUGGUGGCAUGGCCCCGAAGGACACGUAUAUCACUCGUUAGUCGAUGAUCCUGCAGAAGUGCCGGAGCAAGAGAGAAUGUUCGAAAUUUCCGCCCGAAACGUCAUCGACCCUGCGACAGCCACGGGGAAAAGGUUCAGUUGGGGAAUUUCUGCAACCAACGAGAGGGUACAGUCGCACUUCAAGGACUAUGAGCCGAGGAUCAGAGAAUUGCUGGCCAAAGUCCCGGAGGGCAAUUGGAAGGAGUUCUCGGCCUUUGCCGGCCCAAGACUGGAGAAGCUCAUUGCAUGGGAUAAAGUGGUGCUGUUGGGCGAUGCCAGUCACCCUCUAUCAGGCGCCUUUGGAUCCGGUGCGGCAUUUGCACUUGAGGACGGCUGGAUCCUCGCUCGGGCCAUUGAACAUGCUCGGUCCACUGGACAGCCGUUGGCUGCAGCCCUCGAGAUAUUCGAUGCCAUCAGGUCGCCGUAUUAUUUGCGGAUGUAUCAGCAUCUAGACGAACAAAAGCGAAAACUGCAGGAACUGAAAGCCGCCAAUCCCAAUGCUUCCUUCGAAAUAACUUUGGGACAAAGAGUGAAUGCGUUCGGAGGAGAGUCGGCUCUGCCGUGGAUCUACUACAAUGAUAUUGAGGAUGUCUGGGAGCAGUUCCUCAAAGGUCAAACAGGCUCUUCUUCGAAGGAAGUGCCUAUCCAGCAACUUGCUGCUCAGUUAUAG